AUUUUCCUCUCUCACAUAUCCACCUCAACCAAAAUAACCAACCCCUCUCCUAAAAGCCAAAUAAAACACCCAACCCCGUAACUUCACAGAGGCCUAAGAAUCGCCAUAAGCAAAGGAAUAAACUGGAAAUAAGGAGGACCCAAGAGGUACGAUAUCUCAGGCCCAGGGAACGAGGGCUUCAGUUCUCCCGCAGCCUCGAGGGACGCAGGACACGAUCAUGGUGGACUACAGCAAGUGGAAGGAUAUUGAGAUUUCUGAUGAUGAGGAUGACACUCACCCUAACAUUGACACCCCAUCGCUUUUCCGAUGGCGCCACCAAGCCAGAAUUGAACGGAUGGCUGAAAAGGAAAAAGAGAAGGAGAGAUUGUUAAAAGAAAAGGAUGAAUAUGAGAAAAGAGUUGAAAAUUUAAAGAAGAAGCUACAGACCUCUGAUGGAACACCUGCAGAAUCUACAGAUAUGUCACAAUUAAAGGAAGCAUUGGAAGAGUUGGAGAAGAAGGGACAACAGCUGAUAGAUCAUGAAAAGGAAUUGGAAAAGAAGGAUAGGCUUGAACCUUGGAAUGUGGACACAAUUAGCAAAGAAGGUUUCACAAAAACUCUCAUUAACAAAGACUUGGGGCGAAAAGAUGAAGGUCUGAGUGAGGAGGAAAAAGAGAAAAGAAUGAAGGAAUUUGUCAAGAAGAAUGAGGUCGAGAUAAAGAAGUAUGGCAUGUUCAGAAACUACGAUGAUUCUCGAAGAUAUCUAAUGGAACAUCCACAUCUAGCAUGUGAAGACACUGCAAAUUACUUGGUGGUUUGGUGCAUUAACUUGCAGAUGGAAGAGAAAACUGAACUCAUGGCACACAUAGCACAUCAGACUAUCUGUAUGCAGUUUAUCUUAGAGUUGGCCAAACAACUUGAGAGGGAUCCACGAUCAUGUAUCUCUGCCUUCUUCCAUAGAAUCCAGCAGGCAGAACCUGAAUAUAAGAAGGCCUUCCAAGAUGAGCUUGAUGGCUUUAAGGAUCGUGUAACAAAGCGUGCCAAGCAAAAGAUGGAGGAAUUGAUUAAAGAAGCCGAAGAGGAAGAGCGACAAGAAAGACUUGGACCAGGAGGACUUGACCCCAUUGAAGUGAUGGAGUCUCUCCCAGAGGAAUUGCAGAAAUGCUUUGAGAGUCAGGAUAUUGGGCUGCUUCAGAAGACUAUAGAAAAAAUGAACCCAGAGGAUGCUGCUUAUCACAUGAAGCGGUGUGUGGACUCAGGUCUAUGGGUUCCUGAUGCCAAGGCUGCAAAGUAGAACAGUGAAGCAAUCAGCAUAUGUUGGUGAAGAAGAAUGUUACUUCAUUCUUUUAUUCCAGUAUAUUGAUAAUUUUGUUCCCAAGUUCAGCAGAACAGAGUUGGAUUGAUGUUCUUAAUUGUAAUUGUUAUUUCAUAGCUCUUUGUUUUCCUAGUCACCGUGUAUUGUUUUAAUGUGUCAGAUCUUGACCUGUUAGAAAGAAAAUCAAGUGGGAGAUGUACUAGAUGCAAUUCAAUAACAUAAAAAGUUACCAACAAAAGUGACUAUUUUCACAGGGUCAAAAUCAAGCAUUUUAUGAAGAUUAUAGCACAAGGAAAUAUUGAUCUAAAUGUUUCAUCACUAGCAUAUGUUGGUCUGUAUUGGUCAGCAGCAUUAAAACACUUUGCCACUAUUCUCUAGCUUAGACAAUUUAGAUAAAAAACAACUGAAACUGGACUUCAAAGAUAUGGAUUUCAAUUCUUACACUUCAUCUGUAUGACACUAACAUUGCGAUCCCUUUUAUUGUAGAAAUAAAGCUUUACUUGCUAUUAGUUAAUAGUGGUAUUACAGUUAAAGAAUAUGUUUAUUUGUUUAUUUUAUAUAGUUUUAAAAAUUCUUGGUGGAUCAUUUUAUUUCCCAGACGUACUGUAAAUGAUGUAUAGAAUGUCCUAAAUUAUAAUUUUAGGACUUCAUAAUGUAAUCAGUUUGAAUGAAUAAUCAUUAAUGUUAUGUAAAUGAGAAAUAAAAGUAAUUAAUUUUAUAUAAUUGUUUUUGUUUAUAUAAAAGGAAUGAUAAAAGUGGUGUCAUUUAGAAACGAUUUAGAGCUGGAUGCUUUUGAAUGUAAUAACAUAGAUAUAACCAACACCAACAGUGAAAGCUGAAAACGAUUUUGUCUUUUACCUUGUUUUUUAGAUUUUGCAGUUUUUGCCGACAUGAAUUUCCUUUUAAUCUUGGUUUGAUAGUUCAGAUGUAAACAAAACUAAGAAGAAAAAUCUAUGCAAACAAACAAAAACAAUGAAGGUUCUUGUUUCUUUAAAGAUUAUUUUUCCUGGCUUAUUCAGAUUAUAUAAUGUAGAGAACAUCCAGAAUCUUUUUUUGUGUAGGAGAGCAUUGAUUACACAUUACAUCUGUAUAAAAAUAUUAGUACAUUUACAUGAAUUACCUUCACAUUAUUCUAGGAUUAAAAUUUAAAUUUAAUGCAUUAAUUCAGUGUGAAUAACCAAUUAACAAUUAAACUGCAAAAUGGGAUCAACAUAAAAAAACAAAAAAACAUAUUCUAAUGUGUAAGGAAACAAAUGCUGCUAAUGAGAAAUAUUCACUAUUAUAUAUUUAGAGAAAGUGGCAAUAAAAUAAUGAUUUAAUAGUUCUGUGACCAGAAAAAGUCAUUACUGUAUACAUCAUUAGAAUAUGCUUUAGUUGUAAAAGUAUACAAAAUCCAUCACUCACUGAUUAAACAUAAAUAUGUAAUAUAUAUGUGUAAUUUUUAUUUGAUAUCUCUUGACAAUAUAUAUUUUUGUUUCCUGAUAAUUGUCUAUAUAGUUUAUGUAGUAAGAUGUUUGAAUUGUUAGGGUGGGAUGAAUGAACAAAUAGAAGACUGCUCUUGUAUAGGGGGUGAAAGGGUGAAUUAAUUAUUAGGACUAUCAUUAGCCAAUGCCCAAAUGCAAGUUUUAGAUUUGAUAAUUUCUCAUGUGCUUUCAUCAUUUGGAUCAAGAGAUCCAAAUAUGAAUAUAGUGCCUAUCAGCUUUAAUGAAUCAUAAACUUUAUAAAUGUGCAUAUUUAAGUUCCUAAUUUAGGUGCAUUUAAAAAAAUCUAUAUCUAUACAAUGAUGAACACUUGAAAGUAUUGCCUAAAUUUGGCUGUCAUGAACGGUUUCAAACAAAUAAUUUUCCCUCAUAUAAUAUGUAAUCACUGUAUACUUUACUAUAAUAAUGAAGAUACAACAUUAUA